AUGGCUCUGAAGUUGUACCAUGCAACCAGUGAAUAUGCUGCCGACCGAAUCGAACAAGAAGGAUUCAGGUGUGGAACUCACGGCUUUGCUGGUGGUGCUAUCUACUUUUCCCAGAACCCAGAUGGCGCUUGCCGGAAGUACCGGAAUGGACGCGGCAACCCAGACAUCCUCAUCGAAUGCGUUGUGAGGUUGGGCAGGAUGUUGGAAGCUGCCAAGAACACGGUUCGUGGUGAGGACGUACGCCACAGAGGCUUUGACUCUGUGAAAAUCAGCGGCCUUGAUGUUUACGCCGUCUUCGAGGCUUGGCGAGUGAACAUCGUAACCUUCAGACGCAUUGGUGGCUUUGCCUUCCCCAGCAUGCGUGCUUUGAGAUUUGAGGAACAACGACAGCGUGAGGAACGGCAGCGCGUGCAGCAAUUGCAGCAGAUACAGCAGAGGCAGCAGCCACCUUCACCUGAACCUGGCUGGCUGCCCCUAGCCAUCCUUGGAGGUGUGGUCUUAGUGGCCAUGGCAGCCUUGACGGGCGUGGUUAGAUAG